AUGGGAAACGAAAUAGCUAGCUGUUGUGGAAUCAUGGCAUACCUAGGCAACAGAGACGCUUCGAAAAUAUUGUUUGACGGCAUAGAGGUGUUGCAAAAUAGGGGGUAUGACUCCUGUGGUAUGUCUACAAUCAGCCGCACCAAUGGGACACUAAAGACGACUAAGUAUGCUAGCAGCUCAACGAGUGACGCUAUAGAAAAGUUGAGAGGAAACUACUCAGCUAGUCACAAAAAUGAUAAAAUCGGAAUUGCGCACACGAGGUGGGCAACACAUGGGUGCAAAGUAGAUGAAAAUGCGCACCCACAUAUGGAUUACAACGAACGGAUCAGCAUCGUUCACAACGGUAUUAUCGAAAAUUACAGAGAGUUGAAGACCUUCCUUUUGGGGAAGAAAAUCCCCUUUAAGUCAAAUACAGACACGGAGGUGGUAGCAAACCUGAUAGGUUAUUUUCUAGACCAGAAGGAGAGCUUCCAAAACGCAGUGCUGUCUGCAAUUAGGCAGUUGGAAGGUACAUGGAGCUUCUGUAUAAUACAUAAGGAUCACCCUGACGAAAUGAUCCUUGCAGCAAAUGGAUCUCCGUUACACAUUGGGUUUAAAGAUAAUGAAAUUUUUGUCGCCUCAGAGCACUCAGCUCUAUUCCUCUUUACAAAUGAGUAUAUCUCUUUAAAAAACGGAGAAAUUUUAUCAAUAAAUAAGGAAAAAAUACAUGAUCUAAAAAUGGAGAAAAAAGUUGAAAGCAUACCAGCAGUUGUAAUACAGAAAACACCACACCCUUUCCCUCAUUGGACACUUAAAGAGAUACAUGAACAAUCACUUACAUUAUCCAAGACGUUAAAUAAUGGAGGUAGAUUUAGCAUCCUAAAUAGCUCCGUUAAAUUAGGUGGUCUAGAUCCCUAUGUGGAUGAAUUGUCCAAAAUUGAAAAUAUCAUUUUAGUCGGUUGUGGUACGUCAUAUUAUGCUGCACUUUUUGCAAAAUAUGUAAUGCACUACUUGAAUUGCUUUAACACGGUGCAAGUCAUGGAUCCUACGGAUUUCAACGUUUCUGUAAUCCCUAAGGAAAAAGAAGGAGUAAUUUUUAUUUCACAAAGUGGAGAAACUAGAGACGUAAUUAAAGCCUGUAAAUUAGCUGAUGAUUUAAAUUUGAAAAAAUUAUCCGUUGUUAACUCUGUUGGGUCUACUAUUGCUAAUAUGACAGGACGAGAAGUUUCAGUCCUUACCUUAAUAGCUAUCUGGUUUUUUCAAAACAAAGAAGGAACAUACCAUUCUUCUCACUCCAAAGUAAGCUCCUUAAUCAACUCCAUGCAUAGACUACCUCUCUACGCUGGUACAACAGUAAAAUCUUGUGAAGCUAAAUGCAAAAUGUUGGCUAAUAAACUCACUAAUGCCAAAUCGAUGCUCAUUGUUGGGAACGGAUUAAGCUACCCAAUAGCUUUAGAAGGGGCCCUAAAAAUUAAAGAACUGACAUAUAUUCACUGCGAAGGCUUUACUGGGAGUGCUUUAAAACACGGACCUUAUGCUCUCCUCGGUGGAGAAGAAAACAUGCCUGUUAUUAUGCUAGUCUUUAAUGAUUCUUCCAAAAAUGUUAUGAUUAAUACGGGUGAGCAGAUUAAGUCUAGGGGGGCGCAUAUCAUUUGCUUGACGGAUGACGAAGACCUGUGCAAGCACUUUGCAGAUGACAUAAUUUUGAUCCCGAACAAUGGGCUGCUCACUCCCCUGCUGGCCGUCAUCCCCCUGCAGAUGCUCGCCUACUACACCUCCGUCGCGCGCGGCAACAACCCCGACCGCCCGCGCUGCCUCGCCAAGACGGUCACCGUUUCGUAG